AUGAGAUUCCUCAAUACUCUCGCAUUGGCCCUUGCCACUGGAGCUGCGGCCGAUAGCUUCUUUGGCUCAAACGCAGAUAUCAAAGCAACGUUGACUGACCACCGGCGAGCCCGCACAGUCUACAACAAGUGGCAUGAGACUGAGCUUGAGCGAUGGCUCUCCGACCACAACGUCCCAUACCCCACUCCAGCGGACCGCAAGGAUCUCCAAGAUCUUGUCAAUAAGAACUGGGAUUCGAACGUUGUGAAGCCAUACAACAGCUGGGACACUAACCAGCUCAACAACUACAUCAAGUCCCAGGGUCACGAGGUGAAGAAGGGCACAGAGAAGAACAAGGACACUCUCAUCAACCAGGUUUCCGGCUUCUGGAAGGGCACCGCCGACAACACCAACACAGCUUACGGCAGCGUCCAGGGCUGGAUCUUUGACACCUGGACUGAGUCUCAACUUAAGUCCUUCCUCGACUACCAUAAGAUUCCCAACCCAAGCCCUCGCACUCGCGACUCGCUCCUCUCUACUGUCCGCUCCAAUUAUGCUUCGGCUGCCGAGAAGGCUGGCGAGACUGUCAACUACCCUGGCAACUGGAUCUAUCAGUCUUGGUCCGACUCUGACCUCAAGCAAUGGCUCGACGAGCGUGGUGUCCCAGUCCCGCAGCCAGGUGGCCGUGAUAAGCUCAUCGCCUCUCUCCGCCGCAACGCCAAGGCUGCCUCUGAUCAGGCUUCGGGCUCCGCUGCCUCCAUUUCAUCCUCUGCUGCCAACGCCCAGCAGUCUUUGAGCAACCAGGUCUUCGACAGCUGGAGUGACAGCCAAUUCAAGGACUUCUUUGACAAGCACGGCAUCAAGGUUCCUCAGGGUAGCAAGCGCAAUGAGAUGGUUGCUCUCGCCCGCAAGAACUAUGCUGCUCUGUCCGGUGACAACGUCGCCUCUUCCGCCUCCAGCUAUGUUGGAGCUGCCACCUCUUCUGCCGGCAACACUUUCGCGCAGGCUACCAACGACGCUUACGGCUCUUUCCGCAACUACUACGACUACUUCGCCAACCAGAUCGGCUUCGCUUCCGCCUCGGCCAAGGCCAGCCUGAGCUCUGCCGCUUCGGUCGCGAGCCAGUCUGCUUCCUCCUUCUCAUCUGCUGCCAGCUCUUCUGCUUCGUCGCUCGCCUCGGCUGCUUCCAAGUCUGCGUCCAGCGCUAGCUCUGCCGCCUCCAAGAGUGGUGGUAAUGCCGCCAGUGCCGGUAGCUCUGCUGCCAGCGAGGCAUCCCGCCAAGCAUCUUCCAGCGCCAGCUCCGCUUCCGCCCAGGCUUCCGCCAGUGCAGCGUCUGCCUCCGCCAAGGCAGCUGGCAGCGCUCAGUCCGCCAGGAACGAGCUGUAG